AUGAAGGGAUGGAAGGAGAAGUUGCUCUCCCAAGCCGGCAAGGAGAUCAUGAUCAAGGCUGUUAUACAAUCGAUACCCACCUAUUCCAUGAGUGUGUUCAAACUGCCUAUGAGCUUAUGCAAGGACAUUGAGGCAAUGAUAGGAAAGUUUUGGUGGGGACAAGAAGAGAAGAAGAAAAUACAUUGGGUGAAAUGGAGUUCCUUGUGUUCUUCGAAGUCUAUGGGUGGCAUAGGGUUUAGGGAUUUUCAGCAUUUCAACAACGCUUUAUUGGCUAAGCAAGUGUGGCGGCUCUUUCACCGAAAGGAUACCCUUCUCUAUAGGGUGUUUAAAACAAAGUUCUUCCCAAGUGGGAGCAUUUUUGAUGCUGCUGUACUUGCAAAAUGCUCCUAUGCUUGGUGA